AUGGAAGCCGCAUCGGCGCGCUAUGCGGCACGGGACCGUUGGGGUGAGCUGGCCCAUCCGGCGCCGUCGCAGCUGCUUCGCUUUGUGCAGAGCGCCUGCAGCCCCGAGAACUACGAGCCCAACCUGGCGCUCAACCUCGAGAUUGCCGACCUGAUCAACUCGAAAAAGGGCACGGCACCACGCGAGGCGGCCAACGCCAUAGUCGGCUACGUCAACCACCGCAACCCGAACGUGGCCCUGUUGGCGCUCAAUCUGCUGGACAUCUGCGUCAAGAACUGCGGCUAUCCGUUCCACCUGCAGAUCAGCACCAAGGAGUUCCUCAACGAGCUCGUGCGCCGCUUUCCCGAGCGACCACCCGUGCGGCCGACCCGUGUCCAGCUUAAGAUCUUGGGCGCCAUUGAGGAGUGGCGUGGCACAAUAUGCGAGACCAGCCGGUACAAGGAGGACCUCGGCUUCGUUCGCGACAUGCACCGCCUGUUGAGCUACAAGGGCUACACCUUUCCCGAGGUGCGGCGAGAAGAUGCCGCCGUGCUGAACCCGAGCGAUAACCUCAAAUCGGUCGAGGAGAUGGAGGAGGAGGAACGCGAGGCCCAGUCGGCCAAGCUGCAGGAGCUCAUCCGCCGAGGCACGCCCGAAGACCUGCAGGAGGCCAACCGGCUGAUGAAGGUCAUGGCCGGCUACGACACGCGGUCCAAGGUCGACUACCGUGCCAAGGCGGCCGAGGAUGUCGGCAAGAUCCAGAAGAAGGCGGCCCUGCUUGAAGAGCGUCUGGCGGCCUUUCAAGAAGGCGACACGAUGACGGACGGCGACGUCUUUGACGAGCUGGCCUCGGCCCUCUCCAGCGCCCAGCCCAAGAUCCAGAAGAUGUGCGAGGAAGAGUCGGACGACCAUACGGCCGUGGCCCGUCUGCUAGAGAUCAACGACAGCAUACAUCGCACGGUCGAGCGCUACAAGCUGCUGAAGAAGGGCGACAUGGCUGCCGCCCAGAAGAUCGCCCAAGGUGGGCCUGUGCCGGCGCGCAACGGCAGCCGAAGGGCCGACGGCAAGAAGCCACAGCCUGCCGUCCCCGAGCUGUCGCUAAUCGACUUUGACGGCGACUCCAGUGCGGACCAACAGCCGCCGUCGCAGCCGCCAACCAAUGGCUCGUCAUCGCGGCCGCUGGGCAUCGAGAACGACCUGCUGGGGCUGUCAUUUGGCGACCCUUCAGCCGGAGGCAUAGCAUUGGGCUUUGGCGAAAACAGCAACGUGCCAGGCCCAGCACUGCUGUCGUCUGUGAUGCAGAGCAACAGUGCUCGUGGCCCUCUGGGCUCGCCGUCUCCGCCGCCACCGAUGACUUCGUCGCCACAGCCCGUCUACCAAUCGUCGGCCUUUGCGCCACCGAAAGCAGCAGCAGCAGACCCGUUUGCGGCACUGGGACUGGGACUGGGGUCUCUCUCAUCGCCGUCGUCGGUGCAUGUUGCCAGUCCGGCACCGGGCGGCAACGACGACGACGAAUGGUCAUUUUCUUCGGCGCUACCGCCCGAGACACCGGCCAAGCCGCAGGAGCACCGCAUCACAGUCGGCAACGGAGCCGUCAAGAUCGAGGUUGUGGCCCGGCGGUCGCCCGAGACGCCGCAGGCCAUCAGCUUUAUGUUUGCCUUUUCCAACAAUACGGCGCAACCGAUUUCGGACAUGCACUUCCAGGCUGCUGUGACGAGGGGCUACGAGUUGAAAAUGCAGCCGCAAACUGGCCGCAGCCUGGCACCACAGCAGAGCCGCGGCAUCGCGCAGACCAUGGAAGUAUGGCACGCGCAUGACCGGACAAGCAAGGUGGAGACGAUCAAGCUCCGGUGGAGGAUAUCAUGCAAAGUAGGAGGCGACGAGACGAAGACGGACAUGGGCGAGGUGCCGGAGUUUGGCCUGGCAUGA